GACUUGGCUGAUUCUUUUUUCAUUGUGGAAUCUGGAGAAGUAAGGAUUAUAAUGACAAGGAAGGGUAAACAGGAUGUAGAAGAGAAUGGAGCAGUUGAAAUAGCUCGAUGCUCAAGAGGACAAUAUUUUGGAGAACUUGCUCUUGUAACUAACAAACCACGAGCCGCUUCUGCAUUUGCUCUUGGCACUGUCAAAUGUUUAGUUAUGGAUGUGCAGGCAUUUGAAAGGCUUUUGGGACCUUGUAUGGAAAUUCUGAAAAGAAACAUUGCAAACUAUGAAGAGCAGCUCGUUGCUCUGUUUGGAACAAACAUGGACAUUGCCGAUACCAGUGCAUGAACUAAACGUUGGAGCAACAAGAUCUGUUAUGAGAAUAUAGCACAGUAGUGGUUAGUCCACUGAGAAAUUGUCUCUCUUCCUAUAGAUGCCAAGCAUUUUCUGUGAUUUUAAGAGUGGGUUUGGGGGUAUUUUUUGG